AUGGUAAGCCAUCGACUUCAGAAGCUUCGCCUUUGGGUAUUCAGUUUAAUACUUAUGGCCAUUUGUCUGGCCGCUCGAGCAGAUGUCUCCCAGUUGGUGAGAUCUGGCAAUGGAUUUGUUUACGAUGUACCCAAAGUCGCGGAACUGGAGCUGGAGGUGAACAACGAGUUUCCCACGGGCGAGGAGUUCCCCCAGGAUGCCAUCCCAGUGGCUCCAUCCGAUGCCGAACUGGGCCAGGCGGAAGAUCUGGAGGAACCAGUGGAACCAGCAGCAUCCAGCAUCACUGCCUCAAAGAAAAUCGAUGGAUACAAAUACCAGGUGCCCAGUCGGCGCUUCAAGAGCUAAAUACCCACCCUAAUAAGUCCAAUUUGUACCAAAGUUUCGUAAAGAUAAUAAACAAUAAAAUCAAAUCGAGAUCCAA